AUGGAUAGAUCGCAGAUCGCUGAGGUGAAAGCUAAACUUGACUCUGUGUACAGCCUUUUAGUGGGUAAGAAAUCUGUCAGAUUCGCACAGGAGGUGGAGAGUUUCGAACCUGAGGAUGAAGCUGAGGUGGAGGAUGUCAACUUUGUCAGUGGAUCAGGAUUUCAGGGUCAGAGGUUUUGUAAUCAGCAAGGUAACAGAAGCUACAGUGGGAAUUACAAUGGAAACAAUCAGAGGAGUACCUUCAAUAGUACCUUCAAUAGUAAUCAGAACUUCUCUGGUUACACGCCUAAGCCUCAGUACCAGAAGCCCUUUUCCAACAACAGUUUCUCCAGAAAUUACAGCACUCCUUCAUCUCAACCUCAAAAUCCUGACAAUGAGAUGAAGUCUAUGCUGGAACAAAUUCUGGAAGGUCAGCAGAAGCUCACCGUGGACUUCAAUGGAAAGAUGGAUGCUCUCUACCUUGAUCUGAAUGCGAAAAUCGAAGCUCUGAACACCCAUGUCAAGCAGCUCGAUACGCAGGUUGCUCAGACUACGGGUUCUGUUAAAAGGCAAGAAGGUUUUCUUCCUGGGAAGACUGACACCAAUCCAAGGCAUCACUGCAGUGCUAUCACGUUGAGGAGUGAGCCGGUGUCGAGCGACACCACAACUAGUGUCGCGCGUCACCAACCACAGAACAAAGCUGUUGAUGUUCCGAAUCCAAAAUCUGCUGAGGAGAAAGCCUACAAACCUAAGAUUCCUUAUCCAAGGAGCCCUAGGAAGUCCAAGCAAGAGCUUGAUGAAGCACGAUGCAAAGCCCUGAUGGAAAAGCUUGUGAUUGAGAUACCUUUGGUUGAUGCUGUAAAAAUCACUCCUGUUAUCAGACGUUAUGUGAAGCGAAUGGUGACCAAUAAUCUCAGCCAUGAACAAGGGGUGAUGAUGAUUUCUGAACAAGUCAGUGCAGUGAUUCAGAACCGAAUUCUAGAGAAGCUGUCUGAUCCAGGAAGCUUUGUCUUGGAUUGUUCUAUCUUCACAGAAAGAUUCAAGAGAUCGCUGUGUGAUCUGGGUUCAAGUGUUAACCUCAUGCCUUAUUCGGUAGCUGUCAAUCUCGGCAUGACUGACUUCAAACCAACAAGGAUAUCUCUCAUCCUAGCUGAUCGUUCGACACGGAUACCUGAAGGAGUGUUAGAAGAUGUUCCAAUAAAGAUUGGUGACUGCAUGAUACCGACUGACUUUGUGGUUCUGGAGUAUGGAGAGGAGCCUAAGGAUCCUCUUAUCCUUGGGAGACCUUUUCUAGCUACAGCGGGUGCUAGAUCGCUCUGA